AUGAAAAUCACAGUCGCAUUUGAAGAAGAACAAAAACACCUAAAAAUGAGCAAUAAAAAACUAACAGAGACAAUUGAGAAACUGGCUGGAAAUCUAUCAAUUACAAGUGACCAAAUGAUAGAUUUAUUGGUGAACACACUCAGUAAAGAGAACUACGAGAGCAAUUUGGUUGAUUUGCUUGGAUUUGAUUCAGUAGAAGAAAUAUUUACGAUUGUAGAAUACAGGAAUGAAAUAACUGCAAUGAAAUCAUCAAAAGAUCCACCAGAAGAAUCAGAAAAUGACAAAUACACAGAAUAUCUGGUGCAAAGAGAAGUUGUAACUAAGAAAAAAAGCGUGGAAGUUAUUCCAGUGACCAAAUUGAUCAAAAAUGGUAGGAUACUGUUGCAAGAUAAAAUGACCAAAAUUAACAUCAAAACAUUCUUCAAAUACACGCAUUUCAAUGAGAUGCAAUCAACGAUGUUCGAAACAGCCUAUAACACGAAUGGAAACUAUUUGUUGAGUGCUCCAACUGGAUCAGGUAAAACAGAUGUAGCACUUCUAAGCAUCCUAAAGAACUUCAGAAAUAGAGACAAGAAAGUCGUAUAUGUUGUACCAAUGAGAGCAUUGGCUACUGAGGUAGUCAGAAAGUACACCAAAAUGCUCAGAAACACGCUAAAAGUGGUUGAAUACACUGGUGAUACUGAUAUUGCGCCACAAGAAGCAAAUAGGGCAGAUAUGAUUGUAUGUACACCAGAGAAGUUUGAUCUGACGACCAGGAGACUGAAUAGUCCAAUUAAGAGCAUUUCAUUGGUCAUAAUUGAUGAGAUCCAUCUGUUGGAUAAUACAAGAGGUGUUGUAUUGGAGACAAUCGUGGUACGAAUUCAACAAAUGGGUAUAAAUAACCAAGAAAUAAUUCGAAUAAUAGCAUUAAGUGCAACUGUACCAAACUAUAAGGAGAUAGCAGAGUUCAUUAGGGGAAAGGCGUACCAUUUUGGACAGGAAUACAGGCCAGUCACCUUAGAAAGCAGAUUAAUUGGAUUUAGAAAAUUGAAGGAGGAAAUAAAAGAAGAGAAGGAGGAACAACACGACAUUUCUGAGAAGUUAGAGACCAUUCAAAUCAUAAAUAACAAACCAGUCAAGGAGAAAACAGUCAAGAAAGCAAAAACGAAUCUUGAGAAACAAAAUGACAGAUACGUCUUUGAAAACAAGUUGGAGUACCUGAUAGAGAAGAUGAAGAAGCAUGAGACCAAACAGUCCUUGGUGUUCACCACAAGCAGAGGCAACACGACCAGAAUAGCACAGAAUAUUCUGAGGAAGCAAGGAAUAAGCGUAGACCAGAAAACAAGUCUAUUGAAGUACAAAAUAGGAGUUCAUCAUGCUGGAUUGUCACGAAAAGAGAGGCUUGAGACGGAAGAGGCCUUCAGAGACGGCAGAAUCAGCACGUUGAUAUGUACAACAACACUGGCCUGGGGCGUCAAUCUCCCAGCUGACGUCGUCUUCAUAUUUGACACAGUCUACUACGAUUUGACUGUUGGCAACUACGUUGACAUGCACAUUCUGGACGUGUUCCAGAUCGAAGGACGUGCUGGUCGUCUCGAAUACACCAAAGCCACCAAGGCGCAUUCCUACAUAUUCUGCUCUCAUAGCUCAUUCAACUCGUUCAAACACAAAUUAAGCUUAAACUACAAAAUUAAGUCUAAUUUGCAUAAGAAAAUACGAGACAUUAUGCUAAGUGAAAUUUACCUAAGGAAUAUCACAGACCAUCAAGGGGCAGUCGACUGGUACACGAAGACGUUCAGUAGUGUCCUCUGCUACGAAGUUGACCUCGAUUCAACCCUUGCUGCCCUCCACUGCGACGGUCUCGUCCACAAGGAGACAUCCAUUUCCAAUCCAUUUGAAUUCACCACCAGCCCCCUUGCUGCCUACGCCGUGCUCCACUACGUCUCUUGCAAGACACUUCGCCUCUUUGUGGAGCAGUUUCGUGACAUCCGUAGCACUCCUGAUUGCAUUGAGCUCCUAGUUCAAUCUGACGUCUUUGAUAACAUCACAGUGAGACAGGAUGAGACAGUCCAGCUCAUAUCUCUGCUUGAAUCAGGUGACUUGUAUCAACAUACAGCUGCUCUCGACCCCAACACGUCUGAAUUCUCAGCCAGAGACAAACUCCUCAUUCUCUUUCUAAAUCACCUCUAUAAUCCAGGCAUGAAAUUGGGAUACACCCUGCACAUGGAUACAGUCUACCUGAUUGAAAACAGCACCAGAACACUGGAACUGCUCAAGAAGAUCCUUGUUUACUACCACGAAUACGACAGAUACGUCGUAUGUAGCAGAUUGAGCGUAGCACUGAAAUCAAGAAUCACAACUCAUAAAAUGGGUCAUAUUUCCACCACAGUCACCGAAAUCAACAAGUUCACCACAUUCAAACUGGAUCCAUCAAUCAAAUUUGACUAUAUUGCUCUCCAUCACGAAAACAGAAUAGUCUGGCUCACUGAUAUCACAGAAUGUACCUACAUCACCGAUGUCACCGAUUACGAUAGAAUGACCCUAUCAAUCAAUGGUGUUGAUUACGAUAUCCAAUACUCAAAAAUGCCUGGAAUCAGUAACCAGUACAAGAACAUCAAUUUGAUUCAGGUAAUGAACAUUUUCAUGGGAGAAAGAGAAGCAAUGAUGAACUACAAAAUAGUUGAGAUAGUUGAGCAGAAUAUGCCUGUAUCCAAUAAUGGUAUAUUGGUAAUAACCAGGAAGUCAGAUAUUGAUAGAACCAUCACAUCAUUGAACAUAAUGGUCAGUAUCAGGCUGAGCAUGUUUGACUUAUUCAGUAGAAGCAAUGUUGUCAGUGAUGUAUCAGAUGAUACAACUGGAAUAAUAGUGUAUAAGGGAAUUAGGAUUAUGGUGAAGAAUAGUAAGAAUGAGUAUGUGAUAGAUACAGCCAAUAAUCUGAGGAUAUACUGCUAG